AUGGCCGCCUCUCACGGAGACUUGCGCCACCUGCUUCCAAUCAAUUACAAGCGCCAGAUCACUGACUGGCUCGAGGAGGACUGCCCCAGCCUGGACUAUGGCGGUUUCGUCGUCGGCGAGUCGGAGGGUGAGGCCCGCUUGCUGGGUAAGAGCCAGGGUAUCAUCGCCGGUGUCCCUUUCUUCGAUGAGGUCUUUUCCCAACUCGGCUGCUCAAUUGAAUGGCACAUCAAAGAAGGCACCCCCAUACCCGCAAACACAAUAACCCACUGCGCCACUGUCCGCGGCCCCGUCCGCAAAAUCCUCCUCGGCGAACGCGUAGCCCUAAACAUCCUCGCCCGCUGUUCCGGCAUCGCCUCCAAAUCCGCCUCAAUGCUCUCCGCCCUCCGAUCCCAAGGCUGGACCGGCACACUAGCCGGAACCCGCAAGACAACGCCCGGCUUCCGCAUCGUCGAGAAAUACGGUAUCCUAGUUGGCGGCGCGGACCCGCACCGUCACGAUUUGAGUCAUAUGACCAUGCUCAAGGAUAAUCAUGUCUGGGCCUGUGCGAAUAAUGGAGCUGCAGCCGGGGGCAAGACGAAUCCGGAGAGUAUUGCGGCGGCGAUUCCGAAGGCUGUUGCUGCUGCGAAGGCGGCGGGUGGGUUUGCGACGAAGGUUGAGGUUGAGGUUCGGAGUUUGGAGGAGGCGGAUGCUGCUAUUGGGGCUGGGGCGGAUGUGGUUAUGUUGGAUAAUUUUACGCCAGAGGGGGUGAGGGUUGCGGCGAAGACGUUGAAGGAGAGUUGGGCUGGGAAGGGGAGGUCUUUCUUGGUUGAGGUUAGUGGCGGGUUGACUGAGGAGAAUGCUGCGGCGUAUGCUUGCCCGGAUGUGGAUAUUCUGUCCACCAGCUCGAUUCACCAGGGUACGGGUAUUGUGGACUUUUCGCUCAAGGUCUCUCUGCGGUAG